CGUCGCCGGACUCGCUGCAGAACACGCCGUCCAACAUCGCCAGGCUCGAGGACGCGAUCGAGAACUGCGCCGCCCGCCGCAAGUACCUCGCCCGCACCAAGAGCCCCUCGGACGGCGAGGACGUCCGAUGGUACUUCUGCAAGCUCCCCCUCGCCGACAGAGUGCUCUCGGCUUCAGUCCCGCAGACGGACAUAGUUGGGAAAGGGGACUAUUUCAGGUUCAGCAUGAGGGACUGUCUGGCGUUGGAGGCGGCUUUCUUAGAGAGAGAGGAAUCGCUGCUUGGUUACUGGUGGAGGGAGUAUGCCGAAUGCAGUGAAGGACCAGCAGGUUCCUUGGUGAAAACUGAUAUGUCAGACUCUGAACAUCUGUAUAAGGUGGAGGAGGAGCGGGUUGGGGUUCCUGUGAAAGGUGGACUGUAUGAGGUUGAUUUGAUGAGACGUCAUUGCUUCCCUGUAUAUUGGAAUGGUGAGAAUAGACGUGUUUUGAGAGGCCACUGGUUUGCUCGAAAAGGAGGUCUUGAUUGGAUUCCCUUGCGUGAAGAUGUUUCUGAACAACUUGAGUUAGCAUAUAAUUGCCAGGUCUGGCAUCGUCGCAAAUUUCAACCUUCAGGCUUGUUUGCUGCACGGGUUGAUCUCCAAGGAAGUACACCGGGCUUGCAUGCUUUUUUUACUGGAGAGGAUGAUACUUGGGAGGCUUGGCUUGUCUUUGAUACAGGUCCUAAGUUAGGUAGCAGCACAAUCAAAAUAAGGCGUGGUUUCUCUUCUUCUGGAGCUGCAAAUCCCACCCAGGAUGAGUUGCGUCAGCAGAAAGAAGAGGAAACAGAUGAUUACUGCUCUCAGGUUCCAGUUGGUCAUCUGGUAUUCAUGGUUCAUGGCAUCGGGCAGAGAUUGGAGAAAGCUAAUCUUGUUGAUGAUGUUGUCGAUUUCCGCCGUAUCACUGCUAACCUAGCUGAUAGAUACUUAACUCCCUAUCAAAGAAGUACACAGAGGGUUCUAUUCAUUCCGUGUCAGUGGAGGAAGAGCUUGAAGCUUGGUGGUGAACGCACAGUUGAGAAGAUCACCUUGGAUGGAGUUAAAGGUCUCCGCGUAGCGUUAGGCGCCACCGUUCAUGAUGUUUUGUAUUAUAUGAGUCCUAUCUACUGCCAGCAUAUAAUUGACUCGGUUUCAAGUCAGUUGAACCAGUUGUAUAUGAAGUUUUUGAAGAGAAAUCCUGGCUACAAUGGAAAGGUUUCGCUGUAUGGCCACUCGUUGGGAAGUGUUCUAACAUAUGAUAUACUUUGCCACCAAGAAACCCUUUCCGCCCCAUUUCCAACAGAUUAUUUUAAGAUGGAAGUUCCGUCUGAUGAAGACCAAGUAGGAAAGGCACCCAACACGACUGCUGUUCAUGACUCUGGCGUAAAAGAACAUGAUACUUCUUCCACUUCAGGACAUUCUUCUGCUGAUAAUGUAAAUGAUGUAGAUGAAGACAACAACAGAACCGAUGGCUCAUUUACAGACAAGAUCGCCUCGCCAUGUGUGUCUGAGAAUGUGCCAAAUCAUGAUGACACACUAGCAUCACCUAUCGCAGUUGAUGGGGUACAAAAUGAAGUCGGAAAUCAGGAUGAGAAUCAUCAGAUGUCUUGUACUGAAGAAGGGGAUACUUCAGCUGUAAGCACAAAAGAUGCUGAGUCUGUUUCAAGAUCUACUGUAGAACUACAUGAAAAGAUCCUUGACAAAGACAAAUCGAUCUCGUCAUUGGAAGAAGAGGUGAGACGUCUUAAAGCUAAACUAGCAGAACUGGAGCGACAUAAUGAUUUGAGUGAAAGCAUCAGUAAUGUUGAGUCUCAUCAAGGCAAACUUAACAUCGGGCAAAGCAGCACAAGUCAGUCCUACAGACCACACAUUAGAUACACUAAGCUAAAUUUUAAGGUCGACACAUUCUUUGCUGCUGGAUCCCCUGUGGGAGUCUUUCUGUCCCUGCGGAAUGUUCGUAUUGGUGUUGGCAGGGGACAAGAUUAUUGGCAAGACAAGAACAUAGUUGAAGAGAUGCCAUGCUGCCGGCAGAUGUUCAAUAUUUUUCAUCCUUUUGAUCCUGUAGCAUACAGAGUUGAACCACUUGUAUGUGAAGAUUAUGUGAACAAGCGCCCCGUCCUUAUACCCUACCAUAGAGGCGGAAAGAGGAUACAUGUUGGAGUGCAGGAGUUCACAGAAGAUGUUGCUGCACGUUCUCAAGCUAUAGCCCGACAAUUCAAGUCACUGAAGGUUAAAGCUGUAGCUGCUUUCCUAUCAAUGGGCAAACAUGACGCGGAAGAGGACGGUGAGAGUACCAAGGAGGAAGAGAGAUCAUAUGGUUCCAUGAUGAUGGAAAGGUUGACAGGUUCACCUGAUGGUCGGGUUGAUCAUGUGCUUCAGGAGAAAACAUUUCAACAUCCAUAUUUAUCUGCCCUGGGAUCUCAUACUAACUAUUGGCGAGAUCAUGAUACAGCUCUCUUCAUGAUCAAACAUUUGUACCGUGAUAUACCUGAAGAACCUCCAACUGAUGCAACUGGAAGACCGCCCAUUAGACUAUUCUAUGUGAGGGAUCCAAUUGCUGAAGACACCCUGACAUUUUCUGAUAACUCAUCAGUUAAAGAGUUCUCUAGAAAAGUGAAAAGUUAUUCAAGAAAAACGGAGGACGAUGCAAACUGUGAAGCUUCUUGAUGGGUAUAUAUCUGGAACAUCCUCUUCACUCUGACACCAGACACGGAAGUAAAGAACACACAUUUUGGGCGAAUGAGCGUUGCACAUAGAAUCAGGGGCCAACAGUUGCUGUGUAUAACUUGUUCAUCAAUGUAUGUAGUGUUGAUGUUGUACAUGCACAGGUAAAGAUGACCAAAAUAAAUCGAUUAGUUUCGAGCAGUUCAGCACCAGGUGGAAAGCAGAGAGCAAAGACCGCAAAACUCAGUUCCAUGCCAGCACCCUGCAGUGCAGUAGAGUUCGAUGGCAACAUGGUAUGCACCGGAACCAAAGCAGAUAUGUGUUCUCAACUUCUCAUGUCAUGUACGGAGAGUGGAGCAUGCCAAUGUCGGUCUAGUUGUAAAGGAAACAUCAACAGCAACAAGAGGAUCCGCCAGAUGCAAAUGAGAUACCCAGUACACACUAGGCAAAUGAGACUGGAGAAUGAUGAAUCUUAUGUUGUCAGUCAAGAUUUUUAGCUCUUAAAAGUUGGUCAGAGUACAGCUAAACUCGAUUGAUAUAGUAUAAAAGAAAGAUAGAUUGUUGUAACCUGGGCAGUCGCUGUAAUCUGACACGUUGAAGGUCCUGUUCCGUCCCUAUCAGUAUUACAUUUUUAGUCAGCCGCUUAAUUUGAUCGCGUUUUGCC